AUGGCCGACCCUGAACACCCUUCAGAUCAGGCCCCCGACCAUAAGCAGCAUGUGGAGCACGGCAAGUCGGCGCAGCAGCAACUGAUGGCGGCCUUAACAGCGACCGACGUGACCAUCCGGCGUAUCGAUCGACUCCUUUCCACGGCAAGCGGGCAAGAAAGGGCCUUAGCGACAAUCAACUACGUGACCUCGAUUCUGCACCACGUCAGUGCGUCAGCCCCAUGGAUCGCCGUCCAAAUACGUUUAGGCAUUCUGGCACGCGUCCGGGGCCGCCACCUAGGACCCCCAAGGGUCAAGUCCCCCACAUCAGCAGCAGCAACGUCGAGAUGGGCCGCGCUGUCAUCGCUGGCCUCGGAAACCCGGUACAAUCUACGGCUGUUCGGGCUGCUCCAGUUGUGGAUCUGGGGGUCCGAAACGCUGAAAUCGCCCCCGGCCGACCCCGUCCUGCGCGCUCUGGCCGUGCUGCAGGUUAUCUCUAAUGUCAUCUACCAGCUGCUCGAGAACGUGGCCUAUCUCGCCUCUAAGGGCGUGGUGUCGAAGCGCUUCGUCGAGAAAUACGGCGGCAUCGAUAAAUGGUAUAUCUGGAGUACCCGCGGUUGGUUCGGCCAUAUCUUCUUUCAGUUCUUUGUGCUCUGGCGCCAGCAUGUGCUGCGUCGGGAGCGCGUGGCUGAGGCGCGUGCUGCUGCGGGCCGCGUCGAGUCUAAGACUACUACCAAGGCGGAGGAUAGCGAGGAGCUGCGGCUUGAGAUCCGCGCGUGGCGCAAGAGUCUGGUUAACAACACUGUCUGGGCGCCGUUGUGUUUCCAUUGGUGUCUGGAGAAGGGAAUUGGCAUUCCGGCAUAUAUGACGGGAUUGAUUAGUUUUCUCGCGGGUGCUUGGAGUUUGCAUGAUAUGUGGGCUGCGACGGCCAAUCCAUAG